AUGCGUAAUUCAUCCAUUCUUAUAAGUGGAAUAAGAGGAUUAAGUAAUGAAAUAUGCAAGAACCUCGUAUUGGCCGGUGUUGGUUCUAUUACGAUAAUUGACCAUAACGUCGUAACAAAAGAAGAUUUGGGUGCACAAUUCCUAAUAACAGAGCAAGACGUAGGAAAGAAUAGGGCUUUGGCUUCAGCUGAUCGUGUUCGACAUCUGAAUCCUCGCGUAGUAGUGAAUACUGAUACGAAUGAGAUACGCGAGAAACCUGAGGAAUUUUUCACGAACUAUGAUUUAAUCUGUCUCACGGACAGUGAUCUUGACACUAUGGACGAACCUGAAGUAGAUCGGAUAAUGAAAUGUGAGGAAUAUGUGAGUUUAGAAACUGCUUUGUCAAAAAAUGAUUGGUCUCAAAUCCCUGAGAAGAAACUAAAAAAAGUUUCAUAUGUGCUUUGGGGGGUGUUAAUCUUAUGGAAAUUUCAGCAAGAAGAAAAAAGGUUACCCGCAAGUAACGAUGAUGAUAUAAGAAAAUUAAAAUCACUGAGAGAUUCAUUAUUAACCUCGAACGGAAUAAGAGUGUCAACUGUCACUGAUGAAUUUCUUGAAAUGCUCUCCUUGAAUGCACAAGCUGAAUUAUCACCUGUGUGUGCUAUCAUGGGAGGUUUAUUAGCACAAGAUAUUCUGAAUGCGUUAUCACGUAGGGAAUUACCCAUCAAUAAUCUCUUUAUUUACAACGGUCAUAUAGGCAAGUAA